AUGGCCCACGCAUUGAUCUUUGGCGCCUCCGGGAUUUCCGGUUGGUCUCUCCUAAACCAAGCAAGGGUCUACCCCUCGCCCUCUGCCUUCGCUCGUAUCACCGGUACUACGAAUCGGCCGACCUCUAUUAGUCAGCUCCAGAUCCCACAGAACGAUCGCAUUCAGCUGGCUUCGGGCAUUGAUUUGACCAAAAGCGUCGAUGAAGUCGUUACUGCACUCGAGAAAAAAGUGCCACAUGUUGACACCGUUUCACACGUGUUCUUUACUGCGUACAUUCCGAGAGAUGAUUUCGAAUCGCUCAAGACAGUAAACACCAGCCUUUUGGAAGUUGCUGUGCGUGCCGUAGAAAAGGUCUCGCCGAAGUUUAAGGUUUUUAUCCUGCAGACAGGCGGAAAAGGCUAUGGACUUGAGUUUCCGAAAGAGGUCAAUAUUUCACCUCCUCUGAAGGAGACUCAUCCCCGUAUCCCAGAGCCGUGGGCGAGCAAGAUCUUUUACUAUACCCAGUAUGACCUGCUCAAGGACCUCUCCUGCGGAAAGGAAUGGACAUUCUCUGAGAUCCGCCCAGACGGUAUCGUGGGUUUUGCCCCAGGAUCGAAUGCAAUGAACAUGGCACAAGGUAUUGCCAUCUACCUUACCAUGUUCAAGGAAGUCAACGGCACUGGCUCCAGGAUUCCAUUCCCUGGCUAUGAACACGGCUACCAUUCGACACAUUCGGAUACAUUUCAGGAUAUUCUGUCCAAGAUGGAGAUUCACGCUGCAUUGAAUCCCGACAAGUGUGGCGAUGGUGGCGUUUUCAAUGUAGCGGAUGGAAAGACCAUCACUUGGGCUCAGGUCUGGCCAAAGCUCUGCGAGCACUUCGGCCUCGUUGGCGGUGGACCUGAUGCUAGUGCCACUCCGAUGCUUGAUUUCGUCAAGGAGAACAAGCAAGUCUGGGCUAAUGUCGCUAAGAGACACGAACUCAAUGAGAAGCUUAUUGAUGAACAGGGCUGGGGACAUGUUCACUUCAUGAUGGUGGAUUUCGACUUUGAUAGACAGUAUGAACUUUCUCACGCACGCUCUGUUGGUUUCAUGGAAGAGAUUGAUACAGUUGAGGGAUACAUUCAGUCUUGGGAGAGGAUGAGGGCCGCCAAGCUUCUUCCUCCAAACUAG